GACGUCAUCAGCAUUCUUUGACAGCGCAGCGCACAACAACACGGCGAGCUGUUCCAUAGCAGCCCAUAUCCAUACCACUCUACACGCAACCGUACCGGCAUAUCUCCUAUAUCGACGCUUUUACCGUGCUUUUACCGCGUACCCCAGUGCCAAGAAGAACAGCUAAGAGACAGCAAGACGACGAGACGGAUAGCCCUGACGGGCCUAACGAGUCGAGAUACUACACGACAGACUAUAUAGACAAGCAAGAUGGUAUAUGUACGCCAGGAUAAACUGCACAGGCUCAAGGAGUACAAGUACUCGGGUGUUGACCACUCGCUGGUGAGCCGCUAUGUGCUCAAGCCAUUUUACACCAAUGUGGUUAUUAAUAUGUUUCCGAUGAGUAUGGCGCCGAAUCUCAUCACUCUCUCCGGCUUCGCAUUCGUUAUAGUUAAUUUUUUGACUAUGCUGUGGUAUAAUCCCACACUCGACCAGGACUGUCCGCCGUGGGUAUAUGCAAGCUGGGCGAUUGGACUGUUCUUGUACCAGACAUUCGAUGCGAUUGAUGGGACACAGGCAAGAAGGACAGGGCAGAGCGGGCCGCUUGGGGAGAUGUUUGAUCAUGGCGUUGAUGCGCUGAACACAACCCUAGAAGUCUUGCUCUUCGCAGCUGCAGUCAACCUCGGACAAGGUUGGAAGACUGUCAUGACGCUCUUUGCAUCCCUUCUAACUUUCUACGUCCAAACCUGGGACGAAUACCACACACAUGUACUCACUCUGGGUAUAAUCUCUGGCCCGGUCGAAGGUAUUCUCACACUCUGCUUCGUCUACGCGCUCACCGCCUACCUCGGGGGUGGCUCCUUCUGGCAACAACCCAUGUUGUCCACUCUCGGUAUCUCAUCCUCUUACAUCCCUUCCAUCUUCGCCAACCUCGCCUGGAACGAGUGGUACAUGGUGUACGGCAGUAUUGUGUUGGUCUUCAACACCAUCACAUCCGCGCACAACGUGCUCAAAGCACGGCGUGCAAGGGGUGAGAGGACUCGUGUCGCGCUGCUUGGCCUGCUACCGUUUGCCACAGCGUGGGUACUGAUACCGAUGUACUUGGCCCUGAACCCUAUCAUCCUGAACUCGCAUCUCGUGCCAUUUGUCUUCUACGUCGGACUCAUCAACGCGUACAGCGUAGGCCAGAUGAUCACCGCACACGUCACCAAGUCCCCGUUCCCCAUGCAGAAUGUACUUAUCCUCCCUCUCUUAUUCGGCGUCCUCGAUAGCUUCGGGCCUGUCCUCCAGUCCUUCACCGCCGAAAAGGGGAUCGGAGGCGGCAAAUUGGGGUGGCCGAGUGCGCUGGGCGAGGAGUAUGAGGUUGCAUUUGUGUUCAUGUGUGUUGGGCUUGGCUUUGGCGUUUACGGAAGUUGGGUCGUGGAUGUGAUUGUGACGAUUUGCGAUUACUUGGAUAUCUGGUGCUUGACAAUCAAGCAUCCAAAGGGCGAGAAGAAGACGCAGUGAUUGAAGGGAUGAGGUGCUCGACGGAAAGAAAUUUGGC